CGGAUCCGAGUCAAAUGUCCCCUAAACGAUACCGAGCUAACCCCAUGGCGUCCCAAAAGACGGCAGCAAGAAUAAGAGUAGAUCAUCUCCCCAGAUUCACUCUCGUCUCUGCAUCUAAAUCAGCACCCCCGCACCCUUAAUUCAAUCCCCAUAGCCAGUCUGGAACAGUUCUUCAACCAUGGCAGACAACAAAAGACCCGACGAGAUUUCCUUCUCUCACGAUGACUCGGGAAACUGUAAAAAAACCAAGGAUGCUGAGACCGCAGCAUACGCCGGCCAAGAGGCAAUCUACAUUGACGAGGCCACCAACAAGAAGCUGUUUUGGGCCGUGAACCGCCGCAUCCUCGGGUGCAUGCUGGGCACCUACUUCUGCCAGUCGCUGGACAAGGGGACUCUCAACUUCUCGUCCAUCAUGAACAUCAAGGAGGACGCAAAUCUCGUUGGCAAUCAGUACAACUGGCUGGGCACCAUUCUCUACAUGGGCGUGUUGGUGGGAGAGUAUCCGACCAAUUUCUUGCUUCAGAAGCUGCCCGUUGCCAAGUAUCUGGCCGUCAACAUCUUUUGCUGGGGUGCUGUUGUCGCUUGCUCUGCGGCAACUCACAAUUUCGCUUCGCUUAUGGCUGUGCGAUUUUUGCUUGGAAUGUUUGAGAGUUGUGUGCAACCUGCCUUUAUCAUCAUGACAAGCAUGUGGUACACAACGCAAGAGCAAGUCCUCUUGACGUCGCUGUGGUAUUGUAUGCAAGGUGUUGUCCUCAUGUUUGGUGGUAUAAUCGCUUGGGGCGUAUCGCACUAUAACACCGAUGGCGACGAUGGAGUCGUCAAGUCUUGGCAACUCUUGUUCAUGGUCCUCGGUCUGGCGACUUGUGUCUGGGCUGUUUUCGUCGGCUGGUGGCUUCCCGACUCGCCCAUGAAGGCCAAGUGCUUCAAUGAAGACCAGAAGCGACUCAUGAUUGAGCGCGUCCGAGCCAACGAGACUGGUAUCCAGAACAAGGUCUGGAAGCGUUAUCAGAUGGUCGAAGCCCUUACGGACCCCAUCGUUUGGUGUUACGUGAUGCUGCAGGUCCUGUCGACUCUCAUCAUCGGCGGUCUCGGUGUCUUCUCCAACCUCAUCAUCUCGUCAUUCGGCUUUACCUAUCUGCAGACGCAGCUGUUGAACAUUGCCCAGGGAGCUGUGACCGUCUUGGUCAUGGUAGGCGGUGCUUGGCUGGCCACGGCAACAAAGCAAACGUCUAUGGUUAUGCAUGCCUGGACCAUCCCACCCAUCAUUGGUACUGCCAUCAUCUACAGCUUCCCACCAACAGCAUCUAAUCGCAUCGGGCUCCUCAUCGCCUUCUACUGCACCCAGUUCUUCCUCGGCAACGGCUGUUUGAUCUUCUCUCUGAUCUCGCGCAACAUCGCUGGUCAAACCAAAAAGUCGACGACUCUAACUAUUACCUUCCUUUUCUGGGCCGCGGGCAACAUGACGGCGCCACAGAUAUUCCAGGACAGUGACAAACCUCGAUACACCAAGGCAUUCACCGCGCACUUUAUCAUCUACGCGCUAUUCAACAUCACCCUAGUUGUGAUGCGAAUUAUCUUGACCAAACGCAAUCACAGCAAGAUGGCAGCGGCUGCUGUUGACAUCGGUGACGUGUCGGCUUCGGGCAUCAAUAAGGGUGAUGAGAAAAUCGCGCACGCUCAUGCCUUUGAGGAUAUGACUGAUAUUGAGAACCCGGAUUUCCGAUAUAGUUUGUAA